GAGAGCGGCGUAGGGAGGGCGGGGCCUGCGUCUUACUGGGCAGAGUACGGGCGUAUCCCUGUGGGAUGGAGGAGGAAGGAACACCCCAAGAACGCUGUCAUUUCCUGGGUCGAGUUGGAACCCGGACGGCCUCACCAUGAUGAAACAGGCAGCUGCUGCUGCAGUGGGUGGAGCCCUGGCAGUGGGGGCUGUGCCCGUGGUGCUCAGUGCCAUGGGCUUCACUGGGGCAGGAAUCGCCGCGUCCUCCGUAGCAGCCAAGAUGAUGUCCGCAGCAGCCAUCGCCAAUGGGGGUGCGAUUUCUGCGGGGAGCCCGGUGGCUAUUCUGCAGUCGGUGGGGGCAUCUGGACUCUCCACAUCAUUCAACGUCCUCCUGGCCUCUAUUGGGUCAGCGAUAGGGGCCUGCUUGGGAGAAGGAGAUGAGGCAAGAGAAAAUGUACCCCAAGGUGAACCUCCAAAACCCCCACUCAAGUCAGAGAAACAUGAGGAAUAAAGGUCACGUGCAGAUGCGCC